GGGGAUGCGACCACGGGACGCUCGUACUGGACGAGUAUGUUCGGAAUGUAAAUGGUUUGCUACAGUCUGAUUUUGAUUAAAUUUCGGCACCAAAUUUUUUGUGAAUUUUACAAAAAUGAGGGAAAUCGUCCACAUCCAGGCCGGGCAAUGCGGAAAUCAGAUCGGAGCCAAGUUCUGGGAAGUAAUCUCCGACGAGCACGGCAUCGACUCCACGGGUGCCUACAAUGGAGACUCCGAUCUGCAAUUAGAACGCAUCAACGUCUACUACAAUGAGGCUUCGGGCGGCAAGUACGUGCCGCGCGCAGUCCUGGUAGACCUUGAGCCCGGCACCAUGGACUCCGUGCGCUCCGGACCCUUCGGACAAAUCUUCCGCCCUGACAACUUUGUAUUCGGACAGUCAGGUGCUGGAAACAACUGGGCCAAGGGUCACUACACAGAGGGCGCUGAACUGGUUGACUCAGUACUCGAUGUCGUACGGAAGGAAGCCGAGGGUUGCGACUGCCUCCAAGGCUUCCAGCUAACUCAUUCUCUUGGAGGUGGAACAGGCUCUGGAAUGGGGACCCUCCUUAUUUCGAAAAUCAGGGAAGAAUACCCUGAUAGGAUAAUGAACACCUUCUCCGUAGUCCCUAGCCCGAAAGUAUCGGAUACUGUAGUAGAGCCGUACAACGCGACCCUCUCUGUACAUCAGUUGGUCGAAAAUACCGAUGAAACCUACUGUAUAGAUAACGAGGCGCUAUAUGACAUCUGUUUCCGAACGCUGAAGCUGACGACCCCAACCUACGGUGACUUAAAUCACCUGGUAUCUGCGACUAUGUCAGGCGUGACGACAUGUCUCAGGUUCCCUGGGCAACUGAACGCGGACCUGAGGAAGCUCGCCGUGAAUAUGGUACCUUUCCCACGACUACACUUCUUCAUGCCUGGCUUCGCUCCGCUGACGUCACGCGGCAGCCAGCAGUACCGCGCCCUGACUGUGCCGGAGCUCACGCAGCAAAUGUUUGACGCAAAGAACAUGAUGGCGGCUUGUGACCCGCGCCAUGGGCGAUACUUAACCGUCGCCGCAGUGUUCCGCGGACGCAUGUCCAUGAAGGAAGUGGACGAGCAGAUGCUCAAUAUCCAGAACAAGAACAGCAGUUACUUUGUCGAAUGGAUCCCGAACAACGUCAAGACCGCCGUCUGCGAUAUACCUCCCCGUGGUUUGAAGAUGUCUGCUACCUUUAUUGGAAAUACCACCGCUAUACAGGAGCUGUUCAAGAGGAUUUCUGAGCAGUUCACUGCUAUGUUUAGAAGGAAGGCUUUCUUGCACUGGUACACUGGUGAAGGUAUGGAUGAGAUGGAGUUCACCGAGGCGGAGAGUAACAUGAACGACCUGGUGUCGGAGUACCAGCAGUACCAGGACGCGACGGCGGAUGACGAGGGCGAGUUCGAGGAGGAAGUGGAGGAUGAGUGAAUGUUGAAUGUUUUGUGCCUGUCCAAUGUAUUGUAUUGUCCAUGUGCUUGUUUAGUGUUAGGCGUAACUAUUCGUUUUGAUGUUAUUUUAUUUGUUACAAUAAAUGCUAAGUAACAA